AUGCCGCAGGUAGAUGCCGAGAGCAAGGACGCCUCGCUUUCUCUAACAGAGAAAAAGGACCCUGAGGCACUGGUCCCUCCCGAUGGCGGAGCCAAAGCCUGGGCUUGCGUCGCCGGCUCGUUUCUGCUUCAAUUCUGCUCAUUCGGAUACGUCAAUGCGUGUGGAAUUUUCCAAUACUACUACCAGGACUCGCUGCUGGCCGACCAAUCGUCUUCGAGCUUGGCAUGGAUCACGACGCUGCAGGUCUUUCUGCUCUUUCUCUUCGGCCCCUUUGUCGGACAGCUGAUCGACGUCUACGGUUCCCGCCCCAUCAUCGCCCCCUUCUCCGUCAUGGCAGUCUUUUCCGUGUGCAUGCUUAGCCUGUGCAAAGAGUACUGGCAAGUCAUGCUGGCCCAGGGCGUGGCCUUUGGUCUGGCCAGCUCCGGCCUUUCGCUACCGGCAAUGGCCCUGGCCACCCAAUGGUUUUCGUCGAAACGCGGGCUGGCUGUGGGUAUCGUUGCAUGCGGUUCUAGCCUCGGUGGCGUCAUCUAUCCCUUCAUGAUUCCACGGCUCGUCGACAGUGUCGGCUUUGCUGCUGCCAUCCGCUGGACCGCGUUGCUGCAGGGCGUAUUGUUGCUCGUGGCAAAUUUCCUAUGCUCCACACCCUUUCCGCCGAAGCGUAAGCUUGAGAAAAAGCAAUCAGCAGGGCUUAAAGCAUUCAAGUCACUGCCGUGGGGCUUCUUCGUGCUUGGCUGUUUCUUCACCAUGUGGGGGCUCUUCGCGCCGCUCAACUACCUCCCCGAGAUGGCGGCACAGAAAGGCAUGAGCACGCAAAUGUCCCUGUACACGCUCGCCAUCGCCAACGCCGGCUCGGCGGUUGGCCGCGUAGUACCGGGCUGGAUCUCGGAUCGGAUCGGCCAGUUCAACGUCAUGGCCUGCGUCUCGCUGUUCUCCGGCAUCCUCCUGCUCUGCUUCUGGCUGCCGCUCGAGAUCCACCCGUCGAGCGCCGGCAUCAUCGUCUUCGCGCUGCUCUACGGCUUCUGCUCGGGCGGCUUCGUGAGCAUGGGGGCGCCCUGCGUGGCCUCGCUCGCCGAGGGCCGUAUGGAUGAGAUCGGACUUAAGCUCGGAGGUUUCUGUCUGGCGAUCGCGCUGGGCGCCUUGACCGGCUUGCCGAUCGAGGGCGCCAUCAAGGAUCGUGAGGGCGACUCGUUCAAGGGCCUCAUGGUGUUUGCCGGCGUGUCAAUGCUGCUCGGAGGUUGCCUGCACCUCGCUACAAGAGUCCUGAAAGGAGGAUGGGCGGUGAUGAAAAAGGUCUGA